AAACGGUUGAAUUAUUUGCAAUGCCUCGGAUGGCGGCGGCGGGGUCGACGCGGGACAGUGCCUUGUUCGGGUCGCGAAGUAGCAGCGGGGCCAUCACGACUCGGAAGCCCCCGGUGCCCAAGUUUCGCCCGAAAAAAAAGCCCACUUCGUCCUGUGCCGUCGUCGAGCCACCUGUGAGCACCCUGGCGCUAGUCCUCCAGCGUGCCAAGAAGGAUGACAUGGACGCGGCGGUCGCAGCUGCCACAUCCAAUUUCUCCACCGCUCCUUCUUCGCCUCGAUCACCGCUUUGUCGAUGCAGUACCCACCUUCUGGACCUUUACAACCAAGCGCACUCUCCCUCCAACUCCACGGGCCCCCCUCCAUCCUCGCCCAGUCCAACUAGCCGACGGUCGUCCAUGUCGAGAUCGCCCCAUCGCCGCCGAAGCUCCCACCACCCGCGGUCGCCGUCCCUCGUGUCUUGGUCUCCGUCGGAACCAGAAGUAGACGACGCCACGCUUUGGGAAAACACGCACAGCGACAUUGCCAAGUUGCAAUCCAAGCUCGACGUGCGCGAAACGCUCAAGUUCGACCCCCCGGCGCCCCAUGCGUUGGGCUGUCGGGAAUGUGGGUCCAAGGACCUCGCCGCGUUUUGUUGGAAAGGCUGCCGCAACUUUACGCCGUUGGACGAGCUGUACAACGCGAACGAGAGCAUGGUGGACAAGCAGCAGCAGCUCGAAGCCACCGUGUAUGCACAAGGGAUCGCCCUCCACGCGGCCGACAUGAAUGUGAAGGAACAUGAGCAGAGUUUGCAUGUCCUUCAGCACGAGAUCGUUCGGCUAGUCGAGUGGGCCAAAGACAAGCGCGACCCAUUGACCACCCAGUCAGUAGCGUCCGAACCGACGUCGUCGACGCUGUUGGCGGUGAAAGCCAUGCACCACCGCUUCGACUUGGACGGCGAUGGCGUGCUCUCCAUGGCCGAAAUGAACAAACUCAAAGCGGCGCUGGGGCAUCAUACCACGUACACGCCUGAGACGUUUGACCAACUGCUCGAGUCCCAUCGGCUGUCGGUGCGGCCCGUGAGGUUCGUCGAAGGCGGCGGUGGCAUGCAAGUGGGCGUCACGCCCGAAGGGCUGCGGCAGCUCUACGAUGUCGUGGGGGGAUCCAUGCUGGCGCAGGACUUGCACACGCUGGGCAUUCACGUGGGGCGGACACCUGAGCACGCGACGUCGCUGGAGGUGUCGCAUGUGCUGCUCAUGGAGUUGCAAGCAGACUUGACUGUAGCACUGGACAGCCAAGCGCAGCUGCGGGUCGAAGUUGAGGAGAAAACGAAAGCGCUGGCCCGCGUGCGCGAGUCGGUGCAGACGAUGACACUGCAUGCAGCGUCCCACCAAGAAGAGAUAAACGUGGCCAAGAACGCCCAAAAGCGUGUCCAAGACGAGCUCGACGUACUCAAAGCCACAUUCGACGCCUACGUCCACACGAACACCCAUUCCAAGGUCGAAAUGGCCAGUGCCCAGCAAGCAGCGCUGGAGAUGCGUCGGCUCCUUGAAAUUCAAAUCGAAGAGACGGAAACGUGGCAGCGGCAAUGCUGGGCGUUGCAAGAGCAGUUGAACGCGGCCACAACCACAUGCACGGAACACAAGCAAAAGCUGUGGCAAACCAACGAAGCCAAGAAGAGCCAAGAGCGCAAGAACAUGCUGCUGUACAUGCAAGCACAGUUGGGCAAGAAGCACCCGCCCACAGCGUAACCACAACGAAAUGUCCACAACCUAGUUCGAAAAAGUAUGUCGAAAAAUAUUGUGCUUUCGAGUGAAAUU